AUGUAUUGCACGCGUAGUCUGAAUCUUUGUACUUGUAUCCAUACUUCAUAUAUCUGUCCGUGCUCUGAACAGGCGAAUGCGUGGAGGCGUACACUCGUGUCGGGGAAGAGACGUUUGAACGUAGACGUUCGGUUGACCAAGAACGUCUACUAUGAAGAUGAGGAUGUGGUAGUUAUAGUAGACGUCAACAACGAGACCGGCGACAAGAUCAAGUCGAUAUCGGCCAAGCUAUUCCAGAAAGUGGUGCUGAAAGCGCCGCACAAGGUGCCUGUGACUAAAGAACAGAUGCUGGCCAAAGCAAAGGUUAAAGAGGGUCUUCCUGGGCCCAACAGUGAUGGAGAGGUCGAAGUGCGUGUGGCCCCUACAGUCCCAGACAACAAUAAUGAUGUGUGUAUAAGGGAUGUGAGCAAGAACGAUUCCGCGUUGGAGAAGUCGGCUUCGUUUACCGUUGAAACGGGUUCAGGAGACCCAUCACCUGCGCACGAUUGCAAGCGUAGCCUGGCACCGACGGUGUUCUUCACAGACCCCCGACCCGAGAGGCCUGAGAGUCUGAAGGUGUCCUUCCAUGUCAGCUACUCGGUGCUUGUCACGGUCAGCCGAGGCCACGGGAUGGGCAAGAAGAUAGAGAUACAGCUACCGUUCACGCUUGGCGACAACGUUGAUAAUAUGGAGGUGACCCCCCGCCGACAUAAGUCCGGGAGCUUAAUCACGAGCUCACACAAGUCCCUGCUGAGUAUGGUUGGCCUGGGUGUGACAAAAGAGGUACAAGCACUCUCCGCCUAUGGCGAGGAAGACAUCGUGGAAGAGCAAAACCAGCAGAGAGAGGCGAAACAACUGGAGAAGGAAGAAAAAAAGGCGGCGAAGCAACGGCAGGCCGAUGAGAAGGAGGAGCUCAGAGCCAUGCGUGAAAAGCAGAAGCAGGCUAAGAGAGACCUACGUAAAUCCAGAGACGAUCUCAGCAAAUCGACGAGUAAGUCAAUCACACCACAGCCCAACACCGCCGGGUUGCAAGACGUUUCCAGAGCGAAGAUGUUGUCGCCGGUACCAAAGACCACAGAGGAGGAAGUCAAAGAGAAGGCUGUAGACGCGCAAUAUGAACACCAGCACGAAGCACGCGACGAUGGUGUGAUCAUGGAUGCCAAGCUCUGAUCCGGAUACAUUGUAUUUUUCUUCUAAGCAGGUCAAUAUAUCAGGGAUAUGUAGUAGCUAUCUGCAGUAACACCUACACUGCGUAUGAAAAUUGAACCUUGUCCGGUUGGUAUAGAGUCUUCAUACCGAAUAUGAAUAUUUGUAAUAUUAGGAUCGAGCCAGAGUGGGCAGUCACACACGAGCACCAUCGUUUUCCGUAUCACCAGAACAAGGAUGACACAGACCAGAACAAGGGUGAUACAUACAUGAUUACGCUCUGGGUGAGUUUUGGUCUAGGGUCCUGAAACCCCGUAGCAAUGGACCGGAAGUAGCGCUAAGGCCUCAGAGGUGAAUGUAUGUGCAGUCUCGAAGUAAAGGCUCUGCUUUCCUAUAAAGUGUAGCUGGAAUAAUCACUUUGCCCUUGAAUAUGCGAUGAUCAGUGACUGAAUAUAUCACAACCUCUAUUGAUUGAAUAGUCCGCAAAUACGUUGCAAGCUGGGACAUC